GAGGAGAACUUGGUGGAAGUGGCAGCAGAGGAGUUAUCCGUCUACAAAGAGACCUGUAUAGAUCACAUGAUGGCACCAAUGAGGAUGGAGGAGGACCGGAGUCACAUGACUGAGAAGAUACUAAACCUCACCCUGGAGAUCAUCUACCUGCUGACCGGAGAGAGAUUUCCUCUUCUGAAGUCAGGUGAUCAUAUGACCAUCAAAGUGCCUCCAUGUGACUCCCUAAACCCUGAGAGACACAACAUGCAGAAGAUUCUAGAAGUCACCAAGAAGAUGAUGGAGCUGCUGACAGGAGAGGUUCCUAUAAGGUGUCAGGGUGUCACUGUCUAUUUCUCCAUGGAGGAGUGGGAGUAUUUAGAAGGACACAAGGAUCUCUACAAGGACGUCAUGAUGGACAAUUAGCCGCCCCUCACAUCACCGGAUGGAUCCAGUCAUGGGAACCCACCAGAGAGAUGUCCCCGUCCUCUGUAUUCCCGGGAUUCCACACAGGAAGGUCACACCAUCCCUCACCAUCAUCAGGUAGAUGAUGACAAUUAUUGGUAGUUGUGAUUUAUAAACAGCAUGUUUGUUACAAUGAAUGGUUUAUGUACAUUAUCUGCACUGUGUCAGGGCAGGAUCUGAGGAACGGACAGGCAGGCCUAACAAAGUAAUG